AUUCAAGUAAAAACUGACUAUUACAAAUUUUCAUUCUAUCCUCACUCGGUUGUACUUCAGAACAGUUUGCCAAAUCAUAUUGUCACUAUCCCCACCCCUGACACAUUCAAGGUGGCUGUGACAACCAUUAAGCAUUAGAUAAGCGAGCAGUGUUUUUAUCCUUUUACCAGUCACUUUUUAUCAUGUUACCUAAAUUGUGUUCUCUUUUAUACCCUAGUUCUCACUUUUCUGAUGUGAUUUGCCUCAUCAGUGUUUUAUUUUUUCACUAACAAGCCGGCGCGCACCGUUCAUGUCAGUAACACUCGGAAGAGGAGUUGACAUUAAACAGAGAUAGAGAUAGAUAGAUAGAGUCUAAGGCACUUUUCGAGGUUUUUCACAAUUAUCUUGAAGAGUUUUUGUUGUAACCAAAAGAUCACCCUAGGGGCCAAAUCGCUUGAAUCAAAUAGCUCGACUGGCUGAAACUGCAGUCCAAACACCAGAAAACCUGUGUAACAUUCCCACAAUGCCUGCCCUAAGUCAGACAGAUCCAUCCUCUUUUUCCAAUCCUGAAGAUGUACUAGUGGAACACAUACAUCUAGAUCUCACUGUCUGCUUUACGAAGCACACUCUGUCAGGAUCGGUCCAGCUCAAGCUGAAGAGGGUUAAGCCUGAGGCCGAGUUUGUGGUACUGGAUACUCGUGGCAUAACAGUUACAUCAGUGGUUGAUUUGGAAAGUGCAGAAAAGCUCCAAUACACCCUCGCUGAAAAAGUGGCUGUCUUUGGUUCUAAAUUGACCAUUAGAUUGACAAACAGGAAAACAGAGCACACCAUAGAGAUAACCUAUGAGACUUCUCCGGAAUGCUCCGCCCUUCAGUGGCUGAGACCUGAACAGACAGCGGGGAAGAGGCAGCCAUAUCUCUUUAGCCAAUGUGAGGCUAUUCACUGCAGAAGUAUGAUUCCAUGCCAAGAUACGCCCUCUGUGAAAGCCCCAUACACCGCUAAGAUUAAAGCUCCGUCGGUUGUGAAGGUGCUGAUGAGUGCGUUGUUGGAGGGAUCGGAAAAGACUGAGGACGGACAGAUGGUGCACAGCUUCCGCCAGAACCAGCCAAUGCCGAGCUACCUCAUUGCCAUUGUAGCUGGAGAUAUUGUGUCCAAAGAAAUUGGUCCUCGCAGUAAAGUCUGGACGGAGCCUGAAUUGAUAGAAGCUGCUGCUUAUGAAUUUGCAGAGACGGAGAGCAUGUUACAAGCAGGGGAGGGCUUGUUGGGGCCGUAUGUGUGGGGCCAUUACGACCUGCUAGUACUGCCCCCUUCUUUCCCCUAUGGUGGGAUGGAAAACCCCUGCCUGACUUUUGUCACACCAACACUGCUGGCUGGUGAUCGUUCGCUAGCUGAUGUGGUGGCUCACGAGAUCGCACAUAGCUGGACUGGCAAUCUCGUUACCAAUGCGUCAUGGUCAGACUUCUGGUUGAACGAGGGUUUUACAGUAUUUGUGGAGAGGAAGAUUGUGAGUCGACUAAAGGACAGUGAGGUCUACAGACAGUUCCUAGCCAGUAGGGGCUGGAGAAUACUUACAGAAACUAUAAAGCAGUUAGGUGCGGAGAACAAGUUCACGUGCCUCGUGCCGGACAUGCUAGGAGUAGAUCCAGAUGAAUCGUUCUCCUCUGUUCCAUAUGAGAAGGGACAGGCCUUCCUUUUCUAUUUGGAACAGCUGCUUGGAGGCCCUGAGGUUUUUGAGAAAUACCUGAGGGCAUAUAUUGACAAGUUCAAGGGAAAGUCUGUUACCACUGCAGACUGGAAGGCCUUCCUUCUAGAAUAUUUCAACACAGAGGAAGAUGCUGGAAAGCUAGCUACAGUGGACUGGCAGGGCUGGAUGUAUGAACCUGGAAUGCCUCCACAAAAACCUGUGUAUGACACAAGCCUGGCUGAGAAUUGUGAGGAAUUACGCAAUCGCUGGCUGGGUCUGUCUGAUGACCAGCUGACACAGUUCACUCUCUCCGAUAUUGAGGAUUUUCAGCCCAUGCAGAUCGAACAGUUUCUGUCGGGAUUUGCUGAUCAUGAUCCCAUAUCAUGUGCUAAGGUGAAACACAUGGGAGAGGUUUACAAAUUGAACACCGUCACAAAUGCAGAAAUAAAAUUCAGAUGGCUGCAACUCUGUAUACAAGCACAGCAUGAACCAAUCAUUGAUGAGGCUCUCCAGUUUGUUUCUGAUCAGGGAAGGAUGAAAUUUGUCCAGCCAGUGUACAGAGAUCUGUAUAAAUGGUCUGCCAGCAGACAGAGAGCAAAAGACAACUUCCUAGCUCAUAGAAACGAGAUGCACAACAUUACAGUGGCUAAAUUGGAGAAGAUCUUAGAUGUUAAGAAAUAGAGGAGGAAAGAGUUUUAAGAAAUGAAUGAAACGAGAACUUAGUUUUACUAGUCCCAUUAAAAUGCAACUACAGACCAUAAAUUCUUCUUUGCUCAUAAAAAAAAGAUGCCAAAUAUUUCCCAAUAUUAUAGUGGCCAAAAAAGAGAGUGUUAGAAUUGAACAAUAAAUGAAAUUCAGGUAUGAAAAACUACAGGUAGAUGUGAAAAUGUGAAUUCUUUGUCAGUCCCUUAGGAUUAGUAAAUAUAUAUAAAUAAAGCUGCUGGACCAUUUACCAUUAAAACUUCCUCGUCCAUUCAAACAAGAUGCUGAAUAUCACAGAGAAACAAACAAAUGUGAGGAAAACUAUGGCAGUUUAGACAUUUUGCUAAGCUCUUCUAUGGCAUACUAAUAAAAAAUGAUACAGCUGUUAUUAAAGACAAAAGUCCUUAUUCUUGUAUAUAAUAUAACAACAUCCUUGUUCAUAGAAAUGAGAUGUACAUUAUCACAAAAUUCAAAGCUUGGGAGAGACUUGGAAUUGUACAAAUAAAUGAGAGGAAAGCUGUGCAUAUAUUUAUAUAUAUAUUGAAAUUUGCCAGUCUCUUUCAAACAUUGUUAUUCUCUGGAUAUAAAUGGCACAAAAUAAUCAGUGCUUGUUAAUUUAUUAUGUUCUAAUCUGUGGAAGAACUGUCCUUCAUGGAAGUUGUUUGUGCUUGUUAUUGCAUGAAAACAAACCAUCACAUGGUCAUAUGCUCAUGUAUGUUAACAACUGUCGUAUUGUAUUCUUAUAGCAAUAUUUCCUUAUAUUUUUAUACCCUAACUCCUUGGUGGUGGGGGCUAUAAAAUGUUUACAAAAAGGUGGUAUGGUGGGGGUAUUUAUCACAUCCAGUGAUAGCUGUUGUUUAUUUUAAACCAUUUGCAUUGUUUACAAUGUGUUUAAAUAUAUUUACCAUGAAGAGCUACCUAAUUCACUAACUUACAUUAUGUAUAAUACAUGUAUGCAAAAACACAAUUCCAUUUUUGCUCACAUUUGCCAAAUAACGCUGUGAUGAGGUUAAGAAUUUUUAAACAGGUUUGUUCUGUUUGUAAUCAGAGAGACUUUUGUUUCAUGCAUGUUUAUUCAGAUACUGGUUUAAUUGUACAUUUAGAUUUUUAAAUUAAUCAAUCUUGAAAACUUGGCAUGUGUGUUAAGCAUAAACUCAGCAUUUUUAUACUGAUUGUUUUUUUUAUUUUCAUAUAGAUAGACAUUGGCUUUGAAAAUUUCUACAAUUACAUAGAUCUGGCAGACGUAAGAUGUAUUAAUAAAAUUCAAAGGAGCCUUUAUAA